UUGUUUGAUCAUGUCGAAUAAAAUUCUCUCUCCUCUUUCAUCACUCUCUCACUUUCUCUCUCUAGAGUCUGCAGAGUCUGCGCUAUAUGAAUGUCUCCGUACUCCCUCAUUUCUGUUGUGUGAUGAAGGUGCAGUUGAGCAGUUUUGCAGCCGAGUCUUGAGUAUUUCACAAACCUCCCACCAUUAAAGCUCACUUGAAAAGCUUCAAGCUUCCAUCUUUUUUCACUCUUUUCACUCCCAAGAUCGCCAUGGAAAUGGACCUCCACUUCAAUCCGAACCCGAACCCAAACCCGAACCCAAAUCCCAUUUCGCCGCGGCCUUCACUUUCCGGCUAAAUGCCCGGAACCCACCUCCGUGAGAGACCAACCUCACCAAAAAGCUUGGUUCUUUCACUGAAAGCCCACCACUUCACUCACUCACUGUGUCACUCACACUCCCCAAUUUCAACUCGUUUGCUUCAAUGGCUUCUACAAACUCAACCCCCACCGACCCAUCUCUCUCGCCGGACGACAUAGCCGCUAGGGCCCUCAACAGGCGAUUCGAAAGCUUGGUGACUGUUCGAACAAAGGCCAUAAAGGGGAAAGGAGCUUGGUACUGGGCUCACUUGGAGCCCAUUCUCGUUCGCACCCCCAACUCCAACGUCCCCAAGGCCGUCAAGCUCAAGUGCUCCCUCUGCGACGCCGUCUUCUCCGCCUCCAACCCCUCCAGAACCGCCUCGGAGCAUCUCAAACGGGGUACCUGCCCGAAUUUUACCUCUGUUUUGAGACCCAAUUCAACGGUGGCGGCUUCGCCGGUUCCCAUAUCUUCCUUGCCGUCUCCGUCGUCACUCAAUCACAGAAAGCGGAGCUCGCAAAUGGGUAUUAGUCCUUCUCCUAUUUCUCAAGCUCCUCCUCUUACUAGUCCUACGUCGAUUCAGGUUCAUUCUUUAGCUAUGAUCGAGUCUUCCGGCUUCUGCGGUGAUCAUAAUUUCUCACAGUCUCCAAACCCAGUUGGGAUUGCGAGAAGUACGGGGCUAGAUCAGCACCAUUUGGUGUUAUCCGGUGGGAAGGAGGAUUUGGGUGCUUUGGCAAUGUUAGAAAAAAGUGUGAAGAAACUUAAGAGUCCCAAAGCUUCGCCUGGUGCCACUCUUAAUAAGGAGCAGAUUGAUUCUGCACUUGAAUUACUGUCUGAGUGGUUCUAUGAGUCAUGUGGGUCGGUCUCGUUUUCGAGCCUCGAGCAUCCCAAGUUCAGGGCUUUCCUUAGCCAGGUGGGCUUGCCUGCAUUGUUGCAGCGCGAGCUUUCGGGUGCUCGACUUGAUGCUAAGUUUGAUGAGGUGAAAGCUGAGUCUGAAGCUAGGAUUAGAGAUGCAAUGUUUUUUCAAGUUGCUUCUGAUGGGUGGAAAAGCAGGGAUUCUUGUGGGGAGGAGAAUGUUGUUAAGUUCACGGUUAAUCUUCCGAAUGGGAUUAGUGUUUUCCAGAAGGCAGUAUUUACUGGCGGGUCAGUUCCGACGAAAUAUGCAGAAGAGGUGUUGUGGGACUCAGUUACCACUAUAUGUGGGAAUGCUGUGCAGCGUUGCGUGGGGAUAGUUGCGGACAAGUAUAAGGCCAAGGCACUGAGGAAUUUGGAGACUCAGAACCAUUGGAUGGUGAACGUCUCCUGUCAGCUUCAGGGGUUCAUGUCUUUGAUUAAGGAUUUUAACAAAGAGCUUCCAUUGUUCAGGGUUGUCAUUGAAAAUUGCUUAAAGGUUGCGAAUUUUGUAGAUAGCACCUCUGAGGUUAGGCAUGCUUUCGAGAAGUACAAGAUGCAAGAGCUUGAAUAUGCUGGGUUGAUCCAAAUUCCUUCGCCCAAAUGUGAUACCUCAAAGAACUUUGCACCUGUCUAUGCAAUGCUGGAGGAUAUAUUGAGCUGUGCCCGCAUACUCCAAAUGGUUGUCUUGGAUGAUUUCUAUAAGGCGAUAUGUCUGGAGGAUCCAAUUGCAAGGGAAGUUGCAGGGAUGAUUCAAACUGAAGGUUUUUGGAAUGAAUUAGAGGCAGUUUAUUCACUUGUUAAGAUGAUCAGGGGGAUGACUCAGGAGAUUGAGGCUGAGAGGCCAUUACUUGGGCAAUGCCUGCCCCUUUGGGAAGAAUUGAGAACAAAAGUAAAGGAUUGGUGUGCCAAAUUCAACAUUGUCGAAGGUCCUGUUGAGAAAAUAGUUGAAAGACGAUUCAGAAAGAACUACCACCCAGCAUGGUCGGCUGCAUUUAUACUUGACCCGAUAUACUUGAUGAGGGACACUAGUGGAAAGUACCUUCCACCAUUCAAGUGCUUGACGCACGAGCAGGAGAAGGAUGUAGAUAAGCUCAUUACGAGGUUGGUUUCCAGGGAAGAAGCUCAUGUUGCAUUGAUGGAGCUCAUGAAAUGGAGAACAGAAGGAAUGGACCCGCUGUAUGCUCAGGCAGUUCAGGUUAAACAGCGAGAUCCUGUAACUGGAAAGAUGAAAAUGGCAAACCCGCAGAGCAGCAGACUUGUGUGGGAAACUUGUCUAAGUGAGUUAAAGACAUUGGGGAGGGUUGCAGUGCGACUUAUCUUCCUCCAUGCAACCUCAUGUGGAUUUAAGUGCAAUUGGUCUUUCAUGAAAUGGAUUCGUGUACAUAGGCACUCAAGGGUAGGCCUGGAAAAGGUGCAGAAGAUGAUAUUUAUUGCAGCUCAUGCCAAACUCGAGAGAAGGGAUCUUUCUAGUGAGGAAGAAAAGGAAGCAGAGCUGUUUGGGACUGCAGACAUUGAGGAUGACAUGCUGACUGAGGUCUUUUCCGGUGCACCCACAGUGACAGGGUUUUCUUGAACUGGUUGGGUGGAUGGUAAACCAGGCUUGAGUCGUUGCAUGGGUCAAACCUCGCGAGAACACGAGAGCGAAUCUUUGUAACCGAAGACGCACUUCUCACUGAUUGAACUAGGCAUAUCUGCUGGUAUAUCAGUUUCUGAAAUUGAAGAGGUCCCCCCACCAUGCGAAGUGGAAGUCCAUCUCAGUGCUUUAGUUGUCAUGGUCAACGAAAAGGAAGAUUUACGGUCUGCACAGUUAUCUGAUAGGCCUGCCAUGAUUACUGAAAAGUGUUGAGCAAAAUGGAAGCAAGGAGGGUUGUCUCCAAGAGGAUGUGCAUAAUAUGACUGAAAGGGAUAUUGCAACGAACUUGAACCAAAUCUGCAUGUAAUUUCGGCUAGUAAUGUUGACUAUUAAGUAAUAGGCUGAGAACUAAAACGGGUUUUGUAGGUCACGCGUCAAUGGAUUUCAUUAGUGGUCUAACUGGCUAGAAAGACCUUAGCCUUGUGGCGAUCGCUUUAAGAUGGGAGAACAUGUAUGUGGUCCUUUUUGUGCAGGUUGAGAACUAAAACGGGUUGUGUGUCACGCAUCAAUGGAUUUCAUUAGUGGUUUAACUGGCUAGAAAGACCUUAGCCUUGUCGCGAUUGCUUUAAGAUGGGAGAACAUGUACGUGUUAUUCACUGUAUUAUAUGAUUCUUGAGGAAACUCGGUUCGUGGCUUGAGCAGGCACAGAGGUCGCUGUCGGCAAAGGGAGGCAAAUACUGACUGCUCACCAACCAGGAGGGAAAGGAAGGGAAAACCCCUGUAUGGAUAGGAGGAAUGAAUUCAUUUGUUCACUCUCCACUCAAGUCCUUGUUAAAGGGAAAGUAGAUAUGAUGAUUAGUAUAGGACAACACUCUUUUCUACAAGAAUCUUCACACUUUCAAAUGCUCCUCCAUAAUUAAGCUUUCUUCCCUUUAUAUCAUCUCUCCCCUCCCUCUUUUUUUUCUUGUUUGUGUUUGAAUUUUGAAACCCCAUGUCCACCAUUUUUCGUGAGUACCUGCAGACAUUUAGAGUCGAUAUGCAUUUGACCAUUCCUUGAUCACUCAAUUUAAGUAGUUAGAUGAUUAAA